GUGUUGAAUAAUCACAGACUAUCAGGCAGGAGCCUUGCAGCAGCAGCAGGUCCAUAGCCUGUGACAUCACACUUGGAGCUCAGAUCCAGCUCAGAGUUGCUUUCAUUAGCAAGUCUGUGGGUCUCUCUUGCAUUUGCCAGAUCUGUGGUAUCUUUUGUACUGGAUCAUCCUGCUUUGAGGAAGGGCUACUUCAAAACCAGGAGAGGCUGGGUGGAAAACAAUCUUACAAUACACAACAAGCACAGACCAGGAAAGCUGCAGUAUGAAAUCCAUCUCUGCUUGCUACUUAUCCCUGUUUGUUCUGAUGCCUGCACUGGUUUCCAGUACCAGACAGGGCUAUGGCAACUUGGAAAAACAACUGAAAGAGGUGUUUAUGGAAAGAAGCAGCAUUCUCCACCAACUUUCCAAAACAUCAAAAGAACUGGAAGGCAUCAAAGGGAAUAUUCAGACACUGAAAAGCAAUGAAGCCUCAUCUAAAAGUGAUAUGCAAAAGCUUCUGGAGUUAGAAGAAAAACAAAGGAAAGAAAUGAAAUCCCUGCAGGACGCGUUUACAAAGCAGCUUAAUGAGGUGACUGAAAAGGCUGAGCAGCAGCAGGCCACAAUUAAUUUCCUCAAGACUGAGAUGGAAAGAAAAAGUAAAAUGAUCAGAGAUCUUCAAAAUGAGAAUAAAAGCCUCAAAAACAAACUGUUAUCAGGAAAUAAGCUCUGCGGACUUCGUGCUGAAGAGUCAAAGCGGAUACAAGCCCAAUUGAAAGAGCUCCGGUAUGGGAAGAAAGAUUUAGUUUCCAAGGCACAAAUACUAACUGAUCUGGAGCAAAAACUGACUGUGGCAAAAGAUGAGAUGGAAAAGGCUUCCCUUGAUAAUGAGUCACAACUGAAAGCUUUGAAGGAGACAGUACAGGUCUGCUUAUCUUCUGUCCUGCACAAUCAGCCUCCCACCAAGAAUAUAAUUCCAUCAAAACCCAGAGAGCGGACAAUAUCUUUAGCUUCGAGAGUGCCAUUUCAAACAACAGAGAACCAAAGGAGUAUAUCAUUAAAUGUAAGCACAACUAACAGUGAGCUAACAAUGAAAGAACCCCAUCAGCAACCCAAGAAUUGUGACUCCCACAAAGCUGGAGAAAUAUGUAGGAUACAUCACAACAACUCAACGGUAAAUCAGAAUGUCAAAUUGGAACCAAAUAUCCAGCAACUUCAUGGGCCACCGUGGAUAAAACCUGAAGAUAUAAAGACAACAAAUGAACAAAGAAAUAACAAUGGAAAUGAGAAUAUUACGGAAAAGUCACUGUAAAAGGAAUUGUUAAAAAAAAACUUUAAAGUUUGCAGGCAUCUUCAGUUUCUUUUGAGUCCAAAAAGCAUGAAGAUGUGCUAGGUUUCUAAAGCAUGUUAUUUGUAUUGUUUUGGGUUUGUUUUCUAUUUUUCCUUCAUUUUCACUAAAUUAUGAAUGUUUGUAAAUUAGUCUCCAAAAUAAAUUCAGAUGAAAAUAGAUUUGUUAAUAGGUUUUUAGCAAUAAUUAAAUGAAACACAUGGGUGUAUGAUGAAAUGCUUUGUAAGAUAGUGGCUACUUUUGACACGUGACACUAGAUUGUUUUAUGGGUUUUUUUUUUUUGCUUAUAAUAAAUUUAUUUGUUUUCUACA